CGUCGCCUUCGUGCGGAGAAUGCUGUGACGUCGUGUUGAAGCUUUGCAAGGAAUUUUGAAUGGCUUGCUGCAGAACUUUCCCCCUCCUGCGUUUGGCAGCCAUGUCUGUGUGUCCCAGGAGUCGCAAAUUCGUCCUGCGUACCUCUCUUCUGCAUUUUUCUCUGCUUUCAGUGACUAAGUGUUUAACUACUGUUUUCCGUCUCUUUCUCGCUGCGAUUUGUAGAAUUCUCUUUGGUUUCGUUUCCACAUUUUUUUUUUGUUGGGAGGGGUGGCAAUGGAAGCGCAAGUGCUUUCUGGCGAGGAAACAGUCGACGAAUCUCACUUCACCGAGGGCGUAUCGGUGAAGCCAGGAGUAUCCCUAAUCGAAGCGCGGGAGCGACUCGACCGUAUGGGUAUCAUGAUUUGUGAUGCUUUAUCUCUCAAGUUACAUAGAGAACUUGAGAAUAUGCGGGAGGCUUUGAAGCGGGUGGAGGAUGAGCAGGCGUCCUGGAUAAAGGAGCGGGAGUUAAUGGAGGGACAAUUGCGUACGCUGAGGGCAGAGUUGAAGCAAUCUCAAAUAGCUGCGGCUGAGGUGGCUGCCCCGCCCCAGAUUGAUGACAUUGACAGAGGUUCUGAAGAGAUUGACCUAAAGGCCGUGGCGGAACAUCAAUGGUAUGAUAGUAGGCCGAUACUUGCUCCAAUAACUCCGGAAGCCGUUAGGGCUCGUACGCCAGUCUCAAAGCAAGGGAGCCUGGCAAUCAGUGGUGUUGCAACGCCAGGGAAGGAGAAUUUUCGUAGCAAACAGAAAAGUGAGGAAAGUGUUGAAGAAAUUCAGCGUCUGCGUCGAGAGAAUGAGCAGCUGCGGCUGAAGAUGAGGAAUAUUGCGAAAGAAUACAAAGGUAUGAAGAGUCAGUAUAAUUAUUUGCAAACACGGUUAGCAUCGAAAGGGGACGCCGGAAAUUUGAUUUCGCAUCAAGAUCAGCUUCAGGCUGCGUUGGAAGCUGGCUUGGAAAAGCCUCCGAAGAUUCGUAGACGGAAGAUUGAGGAGGCACAGGUCCGGGGGGGAGUUGGUAGGUCUUCUGGUCCGGUUGCUUCUGACAUGCACGCUCCCAGUAACCCUGUGUACGAUCCUCCUCAAACCGUAGCGGAGGAUAUCGCUGGACCCACCGCCUCAACCUCUGGCUCCCGAGACGAUGAAGCGAAAGUCAAGGUGGAGCCUGUGUCUCCUGAAGCUUUCAAGGGCAAACUUCAGAUUCCUCUGAAAAAGAACAACGCAGCAGUAGGUCUUGAUGUAGAACUUGAGCGCAAACCAGAUCGAACUAUUGAUAAGUCUGCUCCUGCAGCGAUGCCGAACAAUCGUAAAAGAUCAUUGGAUUCUUCGGGGAAACAACCCUCAAAAGUCCCUACGUUUAAAUUUGUUGAGCCUGUCAGGAAGAAAGCUGAAAGAGAAGCUUUGCAAGCUACUGAGUGUAAAUUGUGUAAGAAAUUUUAUGAUGCCGUCCUUGCUGAAGACGCGAAUGGCGUGGUGGAAUCUCGGUGCAAUCACAUGGACAAAUCUCGCCAUCGAUACCGUGAUCUUCCUCCUGCAACUCCUGAAGGCUUUUGGAAUAUCGGGUUCGACUCGGAUUUUUGACAUCAGUUUCUCCGCUUCAGAAUGUACUCUGGGUGGGUUAGAGAUGACGUUUCAAGAAUUCAUGAAUGGGUUCGACAUUGAUGAUAUCAUGACAAGAGGCUUUCAGCGCUCCAGAUUCUUCAUGAUGCCGGUCAGUUUCAACAAUAUCUGACAUCUAUAUCAAUUUUUUGGCAAAUAGCGGUGUCCUGUAGGAGCUCACGUAUAUUGCACCUCCAAUCACCUGGGAUUCUUAUUGCAUCUGGUGAUAAUGGAACUUCUGUAGGCUGACAAUAAAACCAGAGAGUCAAACUUCCAUUCUCGUGUCUGAGGGGGCUAAUUAGAAGCGGUGGUUCUCAUCAUGGAUCAAUUCUCAGCAGUACAAUACUCGAUGAGAAUUGCACAUUGCUGGAUUCAGCUUUGCUUUAGGAUGGACAUGUAUGCCCAUAGUGGGUCUAAAUUUUCAUUAGUUGUAGCACUGAAAACUUGGAUGUCGAGUGAGACGUCGCAGAAUGUCACGUCCCAACUCGAGCUCAAUGUAGUUACGGUGACGGCUUGUCGUAACCCUUUAUUGCUUCCUUUUGCGUAUGGAGAAGAAAGAGGAGAUAAACUAUACAGUCGUACAAGAUAAAUUCUCCUGGUUGCUACAGAGUUUCGAGCAUUGAGUUCAUGUUGCUCUUUCAGAACUGGAAAAUUGUUGAGGUACACGAAAGUUAACCAGUACUAUCUAUCUACAAUUUGUCGACA